UUACAAACGGCCUCCCCGCACCCUGCUUGUGCGCGCUCCCUGGGAGCGCGCAGCACUGCGAUCCGGUUGCCGCUGUGUCCUCUGGACACAGUGAAACACCGAUCGUCGGAUGGGACCUCUGUACGAGGUCCCGAUCAUGUGAUCACUGAUUGGCCAAUCAGUGAUCACAUGCAAAGCAGUAAGCAAGAUGUCACUUGUGACAUCAUUGCUUACUACGUGUGAAAUCUGUGAAUGAUCACAGAGGUCACAUGGUACAAGGCUAUUCACAACAGCCUUGUACCAUGUGACAAGCUGUGACCAAUCACAGCUCAC